AUGGAGCAGAACUUACGAAAGAGUUUAACAUUAAGGAAGACCAGGUUCAGCGCAUGUUGGAGAUCCUUGGCUAUCUUCUCCCCUGUGAUCCGUCCUACAGCCCAUAGCACAGACGAUGGUAUUGGAGAUGGAGGCAGCACCAGUUCCGCCUCCAAAGAAGAAAAGAAAGAAAAGUCGGACACCGAUUCUUCUGGAAAACCCAAGAAUUUGGUUUGCACUGUUUGCAAAGAAAGAUUUGUCGGAGAAAAUCACCUCAAGAAACACAUGCACAGCCAUGACUUGUCACUUCAUACCUGCCCCUAUUGCCAUGCCUACUUCAAGAAGCCUUUCAACCUGAAGCAACAUAUUAAGAAGCAUGAAAACUGCAAGUAUGAAUGUAACCAGUGUCAACGCGUAUUCACUGACAAGUCCACUUUACUUUGCCAUGUGAGAUCACAACAUGAAAAGAGGUACAACAUCCAAUGUGAAAUUUGCCUGAAAAGGUUUUAUCACAGAGCCCACUACAAUGAACACAUGAGGAUUCAUACCGGAGAGAAACCAUACAUGUGUGAGCUGUGUGGUAAAAAAUUCUCGUGGCAUGACAGUGUAAAGAAACACAUGCAGACACACAGUGCGGAAUCAAAAUACAAGUGUAGAUUAUGUGGCAAAUGGUUUAGGUGGCUUCAAGGAGUUCGACAACACUUGCAACAACAAAAUUGA